GAAAAUUAUCAUUUUGAUCAAGACUUAUUAGAUGAAGUUAAUCAAAUGCCGGAGGAUUUUGAUUUUGAAGAACAUGAGAAUUUACAACACGAAAGAGAACAGCAACAAAACUUGGGUGGAUUCUAUAGGUCAAAAUCAUACAAGAAUAAACCAAUGAAGGCAGUCAUUGAUAUGAAUAAUUUUUCCACAAAUAAAAUUGAAACUUUAAAUAAAACCGUUACUUUUUACAGAAGUAAUAGUACAAAAUCCAAUAAUGAGUUAAACAGCUCAAGAAGCAUAAGCCGUGCUCCUUCUGGUAGGUCACUUCUUUCAUUUGGAUCAUUGAAUGAAGAAGACUCCGAAGAUGAAGACGACGACACUAAGACUUUACCAUCUUUCAAAUCAACUCCUUCGUCUUCAAUGAAUGGAGAUAUAAAUCUUAGAAAUUUAGGAACUAUUACCGAAACUGAUAGUCCUCGUUUAAAAUAAACUUGAAG